AAUUGUGGAUGAAAUUCUUAAAACUAUCAAAAUACAUGAAUUAUCUACUACCAUACAUGACUCAUCAUAUGCUAGUAUACUUCAAAAUUCAUGCGCAAUAAUCAUUGUAUCUCCUAUAAAAUAUCAACAAUUGAAUUAA